ACUCCCUCUUCGCCAUGUCUCUCUUCGGCCAACCCCAGUCUGGCGGCAUGUUUGGGGCAGCUGCCAAUAAACCCAGCCCCUUUGGCGGCGCCGCCGGCGCCGGUGCCGGUGCUACCGGAGGUGGUCUCUUCGGACAAAACGCGACUACCGGAACCCAGCCUAGCGGAGGCAGUCCUUUCGGCUCAUCCAAUGCGACGCACAACCUCAACAACCGCAGGCUGGAGGUGGGAUGUUUGGUGGUGCCUUGGGACAGCAGAAACCGCAGGGAACGGGUAUGUUUGGGGGCACAUUAGGCGGGCAGCAGCAGCAGCAACCGCCGCAGCAGGGUGGUGGGAUGUUCGGAGGGUUGGGUCAGACACAGCAGCAGCAACCGCAACAGCAGCAACAACCACAGCAACAGAGCUUGUUCGGAGGGUCGCUACUAGGCGGCCAGCAGCAACAGCAGCAACAACAGCAGCAGCAGCAGCAGCAGCCUCAGUUGGGCCAAACGAUGGCUUCUCAGCAGCAAGGGUCGAGUCUGUGGUCGCCCGGUCGAGCCGUCACUGGAGUACAUCGAACUGUCCCGAUGCAAAUUCAAAUCGUCAAGGAUAAAUGGGAGGCCGUCAACCAUACUUCCCCGUUCCGCACUUACCUGUAUAACAACGUCGGCGAGGAGGCCGCACCCUUCUACCAACCGAGCGCGGAGGAUGACGAGACCAAAUGGGAAGAUGCUUUGCGGAAGCGUCCCGCUCCCGGAUACGUCCCCGUCCUGGUGAGGGGCUUCUUCGAGCUGGGCAAGCGGGCGCAGCGCCAGAAGGACUUCUUGUCCAUGAUGCAGACUCGUCUGCACGAAAUCAACAACUGUCUAUCGGACCUGCUCUCCCGCCACGACCUCAAAAUCUCCGUCAAGAUCGCCGACUGCCGACGGAAGCACCUGGUGCUGAGCAAACGCUGUCUGUCGCUAGCGGCCAAGACCCAGGUCCUGCGCAAUCGAGGCUACGCCAUGGACGAUGCCGAGGAGGAGCUUAAGAAGAAGCUGACCCAGCUGGAGCGGUCGGUGUUCGACCCGUCGCUCGGGGGGCGUGCAGAGGAGAUCUGGGCGCGGAUGCUUGCCAUUCGCGAACAAUCCAAACGCCUACAGAUGGAGAUGGAGCGGGCUGGCCCGAGAGCGGCUGCCCAAGCGGACGACCAACUCGAUGAAAAUACCAUGAAGACGGCGAAGAAGAUUCUCGACGACUACCACGCACAGAUCCAGCACCUACAGAAGGAGCUCGUCUCAGUGAAGAAGGAAUUCGAGGAGGCUGAAAAGCUAACUGGCGCGUAACUCGCGAACGGGUAUUCCUCUGUAAUGACCUGGACACUGCCUCGUCCUACGGUUGAUUGACUGAUCUAUUGAAUCCUACACGGAGCAAGGAGUUUUGGAGCUUGGUUGUGGACCUGAAUCCGUGUGACGUGGCUUGCUUGAACAAACGGUCUUAACUUUCAUACCAUAAUAGACAACUGCCUAGAAAAGCCCUGCCAAAACACGACCGACAAGAAUCUGGGAUGCGUUCAAGUAUACA